UGCAUUGAAUUGAAAUUGCGUCCAAUGAUUGGACGAAAACCAGAGGAAGGUUGGGCGAUCUCGAGAGCCCAAUAUACCGCCCAAUCCAACCGCGCAGUGUGACUGAGCAAUGCCAUUGCCAAGAAUAAGAGUCAGCCGAAAUGAUCCAAUGAGCACGGGGCGCUGUUCCGCCUUCCUGGUUGCCGCAAGAUCACGGGCAUAUCCGCUCUGUACACAGCGCUUGCCUUAUGGUAGUCGUUAAAAAAGAAAUCAUCUCUUCACAACGCAUUAUUACAUCUAAACACACUACUAAAGACACAAGUGGCUUAGUGGAAGAAUAAGCGCUGACACCUUCUUUCCACAUUUUGGGACUUUUGCUUGGUAAUUUCAAAAGCUUUAUCUGAAACAGAGACUACAUCUUGUUGUCUGGUUCUAAAACUCGCUCCGUAUAACAUCCAAAAACAAGGAGCAAAAUGGGCGACGCAACGAUGGUAUUUUCCAACGAUACUUCAACUGCAGGUGUUGCCGAAUCUUCGUCGGCAGUUCCCUGGAUGGACAACUCAACCUUCACGGCAGCGAGUACUGAAGCAGGGCCGAUGAGUAAAUCCCUACAGACCUACCAAGAGAGGGUAGUAAUCGCCGUACUGUGGCUCCUGAUCGCCCUGAUUGAUAUCAUCGGUAACACCAUGGUCAUCCUCGCCGUGGUGUUCAGCAGGAAGCUCCGCACGUCCACCAACGUCUUCGUGGUCAGUCUCAGCGUGGCCGACCUGUUGACCGGCCUGGCGCUACCCAUGAGCGCCGUCGGCCUGCUCAGCCCAGGAGACACUUGGCCGUGGUCCACCGAGACACCGUGCUACCUGGCCGGCAUGCUUCUGUACAUCAGCUCCUGGGCUAGUCUCUACAACCUGGCCUCCAUCGCUCUCAACAGGCUGAUCCUCAUCAAGCGCCCGAUGACCCUCUAUCAUAGUCUCUACACAAGGCGCAACUUGGCCAUCAACGUGGCAGUUUUGUGGUUCGUUGCCAUCGCCAUAAUGGUCGUGCCACCUCUCUGUGGCGUCGGCGGCUUCGGCUACGACGAGCAGCAUCACACCUGCAGCGACCUGGACACCCAUCGCAAGGCCAAGACCUUCGAGAAGAUCCAAACCUUCCUCGGCUAUCCCAUCCCACUGAUCAUCAUUGUCACCUCUUACACCCUCAUCUACCUACACGUCCGGCGUCAUUUCAAGGCCCAGAGGUCCUUGCGUGGUGGCAUCAGCACCAGCGACACAGGCCCGGUCUCUAGCUCAAGCCGCUUCCAGGUAUCCGACAACGCGGCUGUCUCGAAGACCUCUCAACAGGGUCGAGCCUACCGCCAGCAGCUCCAGAUCACCAAGAAUCUCUUCAUGGCCGUCUGUGCCUUUUUCGUCUGCAUCACUCCGUAUUGCGUGGCACUCUUCAUCCCCAAUACCGACCGCUACCUGUUGUUCCUGGGCGUGGUCUUCACCUGCAACAGCUGCGUCAACCCGAUCAUCUACGCGUCCAAGCAUCCACAGUUCAAGAAGGUUUUGCGCCAGAUGUUGCAGUGCAAAUACUCGCAGAUUGAAGAGCCUUCUGACGCGUUGAAAGCCCUGAUGACCUGCUGUUACAAAGCGUAACUGCAUUAUGUAACAUAUCUGAAACAGGCACAAGUCGUUAUGUUAGAAUGCACUUUUGCACGAAUUCCCCUUAAUGUACCUUGGAUUCAAACUAACUUUACCAGUCAGCACUUAAUGUAGCUAUAUCAACAUGAGGAUGUACUCAAUGUUUUAAUACAUAGGCCUAUACACGAUGAUUAAAUCAGCUAUUAAAUCAGGCGUGUGUCAUGACUCAUUCAAGUAUACCGCCAUCUUGGAAGUUUAUCAUUAUUUUUUUUUCUGAUCACAGGUUAUAAAGCUUUGAGGGCAAAUAUCUGUCACGUGUCUCAUGCCACGCGUUUACAGAUGCUUGCUUCACUUCGUCGGUCUCUUAGUGGUGCUGCAAAAUCUAUCCUAUGCGUCACUUCGUGAUGCACCCCAUGACUUAAUUAUAUGCCACGCGACAAACCUAACUAAACCGAAGGAUGCGAUAUUCUUAAAUUACAACGAUCGGUCGGACAACCGAUUCGAUUUUUGUCGGUCCCAUAACACGGAGCUUGCUGGCGUUGAGAGUUUCGAACCAGUUCCUUUUUUGAAGACAAUCAAUAGUCAAUUGUCUCUGAUUAUAUAGUAACAGAGUUCUAGUUUCAGUUACCGCCCUUUCUCGGUCGCUAUUGACCUUGUAUACCCUGUACCUUGUAUAUAGAUGAAACUCCCAAACGGUCCACUGAAGGGACUAAAUCGGAAGUUUCGUUUUGGUCUCCUCGGUUAAAAUUUCGAAGAAGGUCGGUGCACAUGACAAAUACCCGCAAAUGCAUGGAAGACACAACAAAACGACAUACCGGUAGUAAAUCGUGACACGACUUCCUGCAACAUUAAACCAGGAAAUGUGUUUUAAUAAUUAUUCCCAUCGAAUGUUCUACUCCAUACGUUGGGUAAAUACAAAAUGAAUGUUGGACUGUGAAAAUAGAGCCUGCAGGGUAGUUCCUUUGGGAAUAAAAAAAAAAAAGUUCCUGUAUCUAUCCUUAGAUUUCGAACCCAUACAACUGCCCACGGGUCGUGUAAAAAAACAGGUAAAGAGCAUAUUAAAUACACGGCGAGUCAAACAGAAAGUGACCUGGAUUACUUUGUUUUCUCUUAAAAGCUAUCGAAUUUGAUUGACCAAUGAAGUAUGUCUUAAAAGAGCAUGUUCUUCCACUCAUCUGAAGAAAGAAAAUACUGAAAUCGAUCUAUGUUUAUAUAUCAGAAUUAUGUAUGUUUUAUAUACUAAAAGAACCUAUUUUCAUAGCUUUCCACGUAAUGCCAUCAUUGGAAGCAGAUAUUGAGCUUAGUUGAGAAUGAGAGAUUACACACAGGCACUCAAAUGCAAAUGAGUGUUCAUUCAUUUGAGUCAAGGCUGAAACGUCAUUUGUACAGUUUACUUUCCGAUUUUAUGAUUUGAAUAUAAAUAUGAAGUCAUUUUUUUUAUUCUGAAAUAUUGAUGGCGAUUUUUGUCUGUUUACCCAUGGAGCUAUACAGGACCCACUUUAAUUAUGGUUGACCUUUGCAAGUUUUGGGUUUUUUUCGUGGAGGUGGGAAAACGUCUAUGUUUCAUUGUAUUUAAUGGGUAUUCAUCAGUCGUAAAAUGGUAUUUGAUCAGUGGUGAACUGCUAAAUGUUGUGUUCUGCUUACUAAAAUAGACAUAACUUAGACAUAAGUUCACAGUUACUAGUCAAUAAAAUGUGUACAUUUGUAAAUGUUUAAUACUAGAGUUUAUUAUGCAAGAUUGUAAAGUCAGCUGCAGUUAUCAUUUUGUCGUGCAUGUUAAUUUGGCAAGGCUUUUUACACCUGAUUAUCACGAUCGAUUGUAUUAAAUGAAUUGAACGAUUAUGUAUAACAUUGUAAAAAUCGCUAUCGUUUUGCUACUUUGAAUAACUAUAAUAUUGAUACAUAAUGAUUAAAAGCCGAUUACGCAGGAAAAUUCAAUGAGGAAAUAUAAGAUCUGAGGGUUUUGCCAAAAACGUACAGUUAUCACAAUAAUCAAGUUGAUGUAUUUUUUUUGUCGUGAUUUUGUUUCAAGUGGAAACACCACAACUAUGUCACAAUUUCCUUUUCCUUUAAUAAACACGGAUCCCCAAAGUUGGCCGGCCUAGCGUUUACGAGUGUGUAAUUAUGAACAGCAUUUCCGUAUGUGUGACCUAUAUAAGAUCUGGGUCAGAUACUCUUUUAUUUUGUCAUCCAAAACAAAGAUGAGACUUCCCCCUCGAGGCAUUGUGUCGCAUUUGGCCUGUGACUAUUAUACAAUAACAAUAGGGCCGAAGUCUGACAAAGGAAAGAACGUAGUCUGU